CCAGGAUGGAACUCCGGCCAGGGCCCGAGGCUGCCGCUCUCCGUCUGGGCUGGCUGGCCCUGCUGCUCUUGUGGAUCUCAGCCCUGAGCUAUUCUUUCUCCUCACCAGCUUCUCUCCCUCCUUCUCCGGUGCCCCGAGUCCGAACCAGCUACAAUUUGGGAAGGACAUUCCUCGGUCUUGAUAAAUGCAAUGCCUGCAUCGGGACAUCUAUUUGCAAGAAGUUCUUUAAAGAAGAAAUAAGGUUUGACAACACGCGGGCUUCCCACCUUGGACUACCUCCUGGUGACUUGCCUUCUUACUCUGCAAAUUACUCAGAUGAUUCCAAAACCUGGCGCCCUGUGGAGAUCUUGAGGCUGGCCAGCAAAUACCAAAAUGAGAUCUCAGACAGGAGAAUCUGUGUGUCAGCAUCAGCUCCAAAGACCUGCAGCAUUGAGCGUGUCUUGAGGAAAACAGGGAGAUUCCAGAAAUGGCUGCAAGCCAAGCGCCUCACACCAGACUUGGUGCAGGGACUACCCAGCCCCUUCCUGCGCUGCCCUUCACAGAGACUCCUAGACCGUGUGGUCCGGCGAUAUGCUGAGGUAGCUGAUGCUGGCAGCAUCUUCAUGGACCACUUUACUGACCGUGACAAGCUGCGUCUGCUCUACACGCUCUCUGUCAAUGCUCACCCCAUUCUCCUACAGAUCUUCCCUGGGGCGGAGGGAUGGCCGCUGCCCAAGUACCUGGGCUCCUGUGGCAGAUUCCUUGUCAGCACCAGCACCAGGCCACUGCAGGAAUUCUAUGGUGCACCCCCAGACCAGGCAGCUGACCUCGCCUACCAGCUCCUUGGUGUCCUGGAGUCCCUGAGAAGCAAUGAUUUGAACUAUUUCUUCUACUUCACCCAUGUUGAUGCAGGCAUGUUUGGCAUCUUUAACAACGGGCAUCUGUUCAUCCGGGAUGCCAGAGCACUGGGCGUCAUCGACAAGCAGGAAGGUAGCCAAGUAGCCACCAGGGCAGGAGAAGAUCAAGACAUUUUUAGCUGCCUGGUUUCUGGCUGCCAGGCCCAGCUGCCCUCCUGCAAUAUGGUUCCUGAGAAGCAGAGCCUUGUGCUGGUCUGUCAGCAGUUGCUGCCUCGACUUCUUCAGGGGAGGUUCCCCUCCCCAGUACAAGAGGAGAUAGACACUGCUCUUGCUCAGUGUGGCGAGGAGGCCAGCCCAGAUCCAGAAGUCCUUGGAGCUGCCACCCGGCUGAAGGACAUCUUGAGGCCCCUGAGAACCUGUGGCCCCAGAUUUGCCUACCGCUACCCAGACUGCAAGUACAAUGAUAAGUUCUGA